AUGGCCAUAUAAUUAUACCAAAUAUAAUGGAAGGUAAAAAUGAUGUUCCUUCUUCAGAUAAAAUAUGUGUACACUGCAAGAAAAAUGUAGUGACCUGUCUAGAGUGUUUAAGAUGUGGGAAAAUAUUUCAUCCAGCUUGCAUGAAUCAGGCUAAUGAAGCAAAGAAUAAGCAAUGUCGUCAUGUUGAUGUUAGAGGAUUGGCUAAAGAAGUGGAAAGUCAAAAUAAAACAAUUCUAAAACUAAAUAAUAAAAUAAAUAUUCUUGAAGAAACAAUUAAAAAACUUAUGGAAAAAUCUGAAAAUCAACAAUUACAAGAAUCACCGUCAUUGAAUAAUCUAAUCAUGGAAAUAAAUAAAAAAAUAAAUAAAAAAAUUGAGGAGAUGGAACAAGACAUAGAAUAUUUAAAAACUAAGCCACCAAUGCUGGAUUCAAGCUCUGAAACGGUCACUGAGGUGGACGAAAUCUCUGAAAAUAGCAAGCAGGGAAGAGAUGACGAUUUGUUGACCACCAUUAAUGGUGCACUGAAAGAUCAAUCUGAGCAGAUUGCAAUUAAAUUGGAUGGCAUAGUGCAGGCUAUUAAAAGUACCAACAAAGAACUAGUCGAAUUUUUGACUCAAAACAUAACAAAAAGUAGUCCAGUUACCAAAACACCACUGCAGGAAAAGAAACUGUUAAAUAUUACAAAUGCAAAUCCGGCAAAAGAACUAAUGCAAACCAGACCUACCAUAGCAAAUGGAAUAAGUGCAUCAUCGUCAGCGACAAUAAAUCAGACAUCAAUUAGCAACCAAAUUCAAAGUAUGGUUAAGGGCACAGGAAGAGUUUUGGAUAUAGCUGCAGCUGCCGAAAGAAAGUGGUACUAUGUGGGAAAUUUACAUCCUGACUGUACAGAGGAACGCCUAAAGGACCAUUUAAUCAAGAACGAUAUAGAUUUGUCCAGUUGUGAAAAAUUAAAUAGUCAGUUUGAUCAUAAAGUAGCAUUUAAAAUAUCUUUGGAGCCACAGUCGGAGAAACUUGUAUUAAACAGUGAUCUGUGGCCUUUGAAUGUAGUGGUCAAACCUUUUUCAUUUCGCCCUAUGGGACGUCGCUUCAACGGGAUGAAUACUUCGCAGAAUUUUCGAAGAGGCUUCAACAGGAACCAGAGAAACUAAGUGUGACAGUAAGUGAACCUAAGACACUAAAUAUUGUAUAUCAGAACGUAAGAGGGUUAAAUACGAAAAUAGAUGAGUUUUUAGAGAGCAUUUGGACUACAUCUGAUGAAUAUGAUAUUGUAAUAUUAACCGAAACAUGGUUGCAUAACUCUGUAAAUGAUUGUGAAAUAUUUCCAAAUAUAUUUAAUGUAUUUAGAGUUGAUAGGGAUUUUCAACUAAGUGGAAAAACCAGAGGGGGUGGAGUUUUACUAGCAUCCAAAAAUAAUUUCUGUGUAAGCACUGUUGACACAGGAUUUAUAGAUGAAAAUAUUGAUUUUUUGUGUGUAAAACUUACAAAGGAAAAUUGUAAAUGUUUGUAUUUAUUGACAUUAUAUGUAGCACCAUCUUGUACUCUUAACUCGUAUGAAAGAUUAUAUGAUUUUUUAGAAAAACAGCAAUAUCUGUUUGACUCUGACAUUAUUAUUAUAGGUGACUUAAAUAUCACAAAUCUUAAUCGAUAUUACCAAACAGGAGAGUCAGACAGGUUUGUAGAGACAUUUUUGCAAUUUUUAAAUUUUUAUGAUGCUACACAAGUCAAUUUUGUUUCCAAUAGCUUAAAUCAUAUACUAGAUGUAGUGGUUACAAAAAGUAACUGUACUGUUUUAAGAAGUGACUUUUGUUUUGUUAAAGAAGAUAAACACCACCCUACUCUUAAAGUAUCCUUGUCAUUGUGCUGUAAUAGU